GCCGUCUGUGUUUCUCAGUGUCGUCGUCUUCCUCUCUCUCUCGCUAUCCAUUUCACUUCCACAUUCGAUUAUAGAAAAAAAUAAAUGGAGUGGUACUUUGUAGCUUCGUUCCUCACCGUCCUCACCAGUUCUCAGGUCAGUCUACCUCACCGGAAAUCCUUAGUUCCGUCCUAUUCUGAAAUUUCUAUCCUCCAUCGAACCCUAACCUUACAACACCCUCGCUCCUGAACUUAAACUCCGAUUAUCCUAAGAAACUUGAUUUUGAUUAUGGCAUUCUGGAUAUAAUGUAUUUCAUUUCAGGUUUCCAACUUCUUUUAAUCUGAUUUGCGCUAAGAAACUUGAUUUUGAUUACAGCAUUCUGGAUCUAAUGUAUUCGUUUCUGGUUUCCGACUUUUUUUUAAUCUGAAAUUCAGCUGAUGUUUGGUUUCCUACAAUAAGAAGUGACGAUUCGUGUAUUAGGUGGUAAUUUUGUUUUGUGCAAUGAGGAUAUUCUUUGCUUAAUUCUGAUUGCUGGUUGGAGCGUUCAGGUGAUUGUAUGAAUUGAAUAAAAAUACUGGAUCUGUCCUUAGUGAAAAUUUAAUUCAGAGGAAGACAAAGAUCCAGUGCAGAUUUCAUGUAGAGAGUGUAUUUUUGGUCCUACUAAUUCUUUUUUUCUCCAGGGGAUCUUAACCACAUUAUCACAGAGUAAUGGGAGAUAUAAAUAUGACUAUGCCACGGUUCCAUUCCUCGCUGAGGUUUUUAAGCUGUUGGUAGCGAGUUUUCUUCUGUGGAGGGAGUGCCAGAGAUCACCUUUUCCAAAGAUGACUACAGAUUGGAAGACUGUUCGCUUGUUCCCUAUUCCUUCCAUCAUAUACUUAAUCCAUAAUAAUGUCCAAUUUGCUACCCUGAUGUAUGUGGAUACAUCUACCUAUCAGAUAAUGGGAAACUUGAAAAUUGUGACUACCGGAAUAUUAUUCAGAUAUUCUGAUUUCAUGCUUUAGGUUGUUUCUUAAGAGAAAGCUUUCUAAUCUGCAGUGGAUGGCUAUUAUUCUGUUGGCUGUUGGAACAACCACAAGCCAGGUCAAAGGUUGUGGGGAGGCUUCAUGUGAAUCCCUUUUCUCAGCACCAAUUCAAGGAUACAUGUUUGGAACUUUGUCUGCUUGUCUUUCAGCAUUGGCUGGUGUUUAUACAGAGUUCUUGAUGAAGAAGAAUAAUGACAGCUUAUACUGGCAGAAUGUCCAAUUGUACACGUUUGGAGCAAUCUUCAACAUGGCACGGCUUCAGUUGGAUGACUUUAGAGGUGGAUUUGAGAAAGGACCAUGGUGGCAGCGCCUUUUUAAUGGAUACACUACUACUACCUGGAUGGUAGUGUUAAAUCUUGGGUCUACUGGGCUUUUGGUUUCUUGGUUAAUGAAAUAUGCUGACAAUAUUGUGAAGGUGUAUUCAACAUCCAUGGCCAUGCUAUUGACGAUGGUUCUAUCUGUGUUCCUCUUCAAUUUCAGGCCAACACUGCAGCUUUUCUUGGGAAUCAUAGUUUGCACGAUGUCUCUACACAUGUACUUUGCUCCUCCAAAUAUGCUUCUAGAUUUGCCUCCAACUAGCAAACAAGAUCCAGAGAGCCUCAUCAAGGUUCCUGAUGAUCGUGGAACAGAUUCAUGACGCCUAGAACCUUUACUCAUAGCAUGCAAUUCUUUUGUAACUCAAUUAGCACUGAAAUUCAAUUUCAUUUCUUGUAAAACAUGCUUGUUACUGACUCAAAUGUGCCAAAUAUGCAAGUGUAGAACAGGUAACAAGAUCAAGUGGCCAUUUUGGAUACAGAUAUGGAACUGCCUUUCUAGCUUUAAGAAUUAUCAAAUUGGAUGGAGUAACAACCAAGAGAGAAAAGGCAUGCACAGUAUUAUUUGUAUGUUGGUUACUGAAUUCUGAAAACAUGAUGAGUCGGGAUGGAAACGACAAGAUCUUGCUAUUGGAUCUUGACUCGGCCCACUGACGUCUGUUGGACAAACGUCAGAUCCACCAUAUGUGGUCUAUGUUCUUCCUGGCCAUAUGCUUUUGGUG